GGCGCGUCGAUGCCACUCGCAAAGGUAUAAAGGAGCUCCUUUUGAGCACUAGAAACAUGCUCGGCCACCCAUCAUUCCAUUGUCCGCCUCCAUCCUCAGAUCAUCCAUCUCCUCACGCCCGCUCAAGCAUACCCAAGCACUCGCAUUCAAGAUGGCGACCGAAGCAGAUCGUGCCGCCAUGGAAUCGCAGCAGAUCAAUCGCAUAGGCGAUAUUUCGACCAAGAUCCGCGAAGCUCUGAGGGCAUCGCUGCCAACACCUCCUGAGCAGCAUCUCACCAUCAUGGUGCCGGGUAAAGUCGUCAAUCUGGACGACUACAAAGUGGACACAGCCAUAGACCUUGUUCUGCCUCAGCGUACUGAGCUCAACAACGCCAUCCUGUGUGACGACAUGCCCACUCUCGCCAACAUUUCCAUGGGACCUACCGGACGAUCCGUGGCUAGAAGCUACGCUGCAGCCAUCAGCAAGCUGGUCCCAGCAAGCACGCCGGUUGGCAUCGAUGACGAGUCCAAGCUUACCGAUGGUCACAAACGCUACAAGAAAGCGAUGGCUAUUCUGAGCGCCGAGAUUCCCGAUACGGACGAGACAUUGAUCUCGCGCUACACUUCCAUGCAGUCCAAGUAUACGCUGGCAGUCGAGGAGAAGAAUGCUGCUUUCCGCCAAGCCCAAGACUCUGCCAAGGCGCUUUGGCCCAAGAAUCUAAAGGAGCAGCGAAACGUGUACGAUGCUUGGGUUGCAGAGAAUGCCAAAACUUGGCGCGCGCGUGUGCAGGCUGCAUACAUGGACUGGGUCAUUACGGGCAAGAAAGAGGAGGUGGAGUACUGGUUCGCCGUUGUUGAUCAAGACUCCGCCCUCGCUCGCGUCGAGAAGAGCAAGGAAGUCAUGCGAUGGGCCGUCGUCCAGGACUCUGAUGGGUCUUGCGAGUACAGCAAAGUCAAGCUCGAGCCGAGCGACUGGGCGAACAAGUGCCUAGACAAAAUCGCCCUCGGUACAAAUCAGACAAAGUCCGUCGAUUGGUACGAUUUCGAGAUCAAGCGUCUGCUGAAGACCAAUCAAAUGCUUGGACUCCUGAAAGACAAGGACAAUGCAGCCCAACUAAAAGUUGGCAUGAGCAAAGAGGAGCAGACAGCCGCCGUAACCACGUACAACAACGCAAAGAAAGCCACCGACGACGCUUUGAAGGCGUAUCACACUGCUAUCAAGACGCGGGACGAAGCUGCGAUUAAGAAUGGGAACAACAAAAGCAAUACAACAAAUGACGAUGCGGUUGCGCGGUGCAAACAGGAUUAUCAGCUAAAGCAGCGCUUGCAAGACGAAGCCGAAAUCAAACAGCAAAUCGCAGUCGCGCAAGAUGCCAAUCGCGAACUGAUCGACAAGGCCACGGGCGAUGAUGGAUUUUUCAGCAAGCAGAUCACAGCUAACCUGGCCGAAAUUGAGAGGCUCUCGACGCUGCGAAGCAAGGCAGUAUCGGCAAGCGGGGAUCAGGCUGAAAAGCCCGAGGAUAAGCUCGUUGCCAUGCUUGCCCAGCAAGCUUCCAUUCCCGCCAAAGUACCUGAGCCCGGCGCAGCCACGAUCCAAGCUCCUGGAGCGGAAGGUGCUGCCGGUGGGACCGCCGCUCGACCGCUCGUCGACUACUUUACGCCAAUCACCGUCGAGAUCUCUUCGCAAAGCUCAAACGAAUCGUCCAAAGAGUCUGCCAAGUCCUACUCAUUCGGCGCCAAGGCUCGUUAUGGUUUUGCCUCGGCUUCCGUCAAUGUCUCGCACUCGGACGCGCAAGCUUCCGCAAACAAGGAAAUGCUCGAAUCCAACGUCAAGAUUUCGUUCGAAGUGAUGCGCGUAGACAUCAACCGACCUUGGCUGCGCGGCGAGCUGUUCUAUGAUGAAGACCUCGUUGUUAGCCAGCAGGACAAACUUUCUCCCGGCUUCGGAAAGCUCAAGGAGCUCAUCAAUUCCACGGCUCCUAACGCCGACACUGCACGCCAAGAAUACUCGUCCUUUCCCAUGUACCCCGUCGCGUUCCUGGUGGCCACCAAUGUCGUGCUCGAAAUUUCCGGCAGCACAUCCUCGUUGCAGACCUACAUGAACUCUUCCUCCACCACGGCCAAAGCUAGCGUUGCCUACGGACCCUUUGGAGAGGCGGAAGGCAGCUACGCCAAGUCGAAUUCGGAGAAGGGCGCAACGUGCAAAGCCACCUCGUCCGGAUGCCGCAUCGAGAUGAAAGCUCCACAGAUCAUUGGAUGGGUAUCCCAACUCCUGCCCGCACUUCCGCGCGCAGAAGACAAUACGGAAUUCAAGGCAUUCUUGAAUCCGGCUGCCGCCGCCCCGACGCAGUCCAAUGCGAGCAAACCCAGUGCGUCUCCCACGGCUCCAACACAGCCGUCGACCGCCUAGACCGCAAUCCUCGAGGCGCCCAUUCACUGAGGGGAGAAGACCGAGUACCAG